UAUAAAAAGCCAAAAUGCACAACUGUCGGUUUCAAUUUUUCGUAUUUCGAAUUUCGAUUUUUAGGAUUUCGGUCUUCCAAAUAGUCUUAUGUCAGACUAAUCAGCUGUUUUUGACAUAACACGGCGUGGGUAACAUUUGGGAUGUGAUUUGGGAUUUGGGUGGCCGUCGAGUGUGUUUUGUUACUGAAGUUUUAAAUGUAAAUUUUGUAGUUUCUAUAAAUUAAACAAAGAAAUUUAUAAAAAUUAAUGAAUCGAACGUAUAGAAACAGUCAUUUUAGUAGUUAGUAAACCUUCGCGUAAACCUUUCAUAUAAAAAAUGCAAGAUGGAAAUUGAGGCAUCUAGAUUAACAAACUCCAUUCCAAACUCAGAAGAAAGUGAUGCAACUAAAUGGGUACCCCUUUCAUUAACUCUAGUAGAAUACCCUAAAGGUGAUAUAAUUGGGAAGUUUUUAGCUCUAAUUAGUUUAGCCCCAUUUGGUAUUGGUGCCGGAUUUGUCGCUUUGAUAUUAUUUAGACGUGACUUACAUACUAUAACAUUUUUCUUGGGGACGCUAUGUUCAGAAUGUCUAAAUUAUGUACUAAAACAUUUAAUAUGUGAUAAAAGACCGAUUCGCAGGGAAGAUGUUUACGUGGAAUAUGGAAUGCCCUCGUCUCAUGCUCAAUUUGUUUCAUUUUUUGCAACAUACAUAAUAUAUUUCGUGUUUGUAAGGCUUCAUCAUAUGAACAAUAAUACGAUUAUUGAAAAUAUUUCGAAAUUCUUAAUUAUCUCGUCGUCCAUGGUAGUGGCCGUCUUAGUUUGUAUAAGUAGGGUAUAUUUACAAUACCACUCACUGUCUCAAGUUGUAUGGGGUGUCGUCGUAGGAUUUUUAUUCGCAACUUUCUGGUUUGCAUUGACAUCCUUAGUCUUUACUCCAUUAUUCCCUCAGGUGGUUAGUUGGAGAAUUUCCGAAAUCCUAAUGAUAAGGGACACGACAUUGAUUCCCAACGUGCUCUGGUUCGAGUACACGAACACGCGACAGGAGGCGAGGGCCAGGAGUCGGAAAUUGGUCAGCAUGAAGUCCCAAUGACAUUUGUUGGACGAUAGUUUCAAUUUCACGUUGCCGAGAGGCGUCAUUAGAUGUUUAAGAAUACUGCUUCCAUGGAGACGAAAAUUCUAAAUUGAAAUAAUAGAUGAAAUCGACUGAGAAAUUGGAACUAUUCAGAUGGUAACCAUAUUGGUGUUAGGUAGUGUGAAUGUCAUAUUAUAUAAAACAUGUACCGCUAUACCGUUUUUUUACGCGACCCGGUUUGAAUGUAUCGGAUUUGAUGUCAAAGGUUGUUUUUUUAUUUUAUAAUUUUUUUACUUUUUUUUUCUAAAUUAUUUUAGUAUUUCAAAUUUUGGUUGUUGUAACUUUAGAUUAUUUCAUUAAUAACAUACGUUGAAAACCAUUCUACAUUAUGUCCUAAUAUUCUGUGGACAUAGAACUACUACAUGUUUUUGGAAUCAAGAUAAGUUUACUGGAGACAAUUUAUCUCUAUAAAAUAGUGCUUCGUUUGUCCGUUAGAGGGCAUCAAUCACAAAUAAACCUGAACGUUAAUUAAUUUGAAAGGGUAUAGC